CUCAUGCGCACGUAACGCACUUUACGUCGAUCGGUCGGAGUGACAAAGAGAACGAGCACAGACCGACGGAGAAGAAAUAAAAAAAGGAAAUUUCUGAAUUACCGUGGGGAUUCUGCUCACUGUUUCCUUUCGGAACCACACGUUCGGCUCGUUUCUUGAACUACCCGUGUGUUAAACUGGAUUUCUUUCUUCGCCAUCCGUGUGCAUGGAGUUAAGUGGGUCGGAGCGGCCGAGGAUAUCAGUGUUGAAAUUGGGCAAUUGGAAAAUUCUCAUUCGUAUCGCUGGUUAGAGCAAGGAAGCCGCCAUGGCUGGUGCUGCUGAUUCGUCGAGUCUCCACCUCAGUAUAUGAAAAAUACUGCAUGGCGAUGAAAAACCGCCCUGGUUGUUUAUAGCGGUUCGAGGGUGUUUUAGACACGGACUGUGUGCUUUGUGUAAAUCUCUGUUUCAGACACACAGAGAGUCGAGGAUCCGUGGGUUUUGUUCGAGGGAAGCUGGGAAAAGGCCAAUUUCAUGAGCACCUUAAUCAAUAACCGAAUUUAUCCGAGGUUUCAUCGCUGAAGACGAUACUGAUAAGUCACCGACAAUAAAACAACCUCGAGGAAAAUGAUCUGAACGCGAGACUGAGAGCUCACCGAAGAAAAGGACAGCCGAGUUUUCUUUCGCCCGUUUCCCUCAUUACUUAAUUCGGAAAUAAACUGCUACCCGUAGGUCGAAACGGAUUCUUUCAAGACAAGCAGGCGUAUUUUACUUUGAGAGACGCGUGGGAUUUCGGAUUGAAAAAUGUCCGGUCGGCCCAGAACCACCUCCUUCGCAGAAAGCUGCAAGCCAGUGCCGCAGCCUUCGGCAUUCGGCAGCAUGAAAGUCAGCAGAGAUAAAGAUGGCAGCAAAGUGACCACAGUGGUGGCGACUCCUGGACAGGGACCUGACCGGCCACAGGAGGUCAGCUACACUGACACCAAGGUCAUCGGUAAUGGCUCUUUUGGCGUGGUUUAUCAGGCCAAGCUCUGCGACUCAGGAGAACUGGUGGCCAUUAAGAAGGUCCUUCAGGACAAGCGAUUUAAGAACCGUGAGCUUCAGAUCAUGAGGAAAUUGGACCACUGCAACAUUGUUCGUCUGCGUUACUUCUUCUACUCUAGUGGAGAUAAGAAAGAUGAGGUGUAUCUGAAUUUGGUUCUGGAUUACGUUCCUGAAACCGUGUACAGAGUGGCGAGACACUACAGCCGCGCUAAACAGACUCUUCCCAUGGUUUAUGUGAAGUUGUACAUGUACCAGCUCUUCAGGAGUCUGGCCUACAUCCAUUCCUUUGGGAUCUGCCAUCGGGACAUAAAACCACAAAAUCUCUUGCUGGACCCAGACACAGCCGUGCUCAAACUCUGUGACUUUGGCAGCGCUAAACAGUUAGUGCGUGGAGAGCCCAAUGUGUCCUACAUCUGCUCACGGUACUACAGAGCUCCUGAACUCAUCUUUGGAGCCACCGACUACACCUCCAGCAUAGAUGUGUGGUCUGCUGGCUGUGUGCUGGCUGAACUGCUGCUCGGACAGCCCAUUUUCCCAGGUGACAGCGGCGUGGAUCAGCUGGUGGAGAUAAUCAAGGUGUUGGGAACCCCCACACGAGAGCAGAUACGGGAAAUGAACCCAAACUACACCGAGUUCAAAUUCCCGCAGAUUAAGGCCCAUCCAUGGACUAAGGUGAGUAAACAGGUGUUCCGGCCACGCACUCCUCCUGAAGCCAUUGCCUUGUGCUCCCGGCUGCUGGAAUACACACCGACCGCUCGACUGACUCCUCUCGAGGCCUGCGCUCAUUCCUUCUUCGAUGAACUGCGGGAACCAAAUGUCAAACUUCCAAAUGGACGCGAGAAGCCUUCCUUAUUCAACUUUACAACUCAAGAGCUGUCAAGUAACCCUACCCUGGCCUCCAUCUUAAUCCCCACUCAUGCACGUAACCAGGCAGGAGCUUCAACUCCCACCAACCCCUCUGCCACUUCAGAUGCCAACAGUGGAGAUCGCAGCCAGACAACAACUGCAGCCUCUGCCUCCGCCUCUAACACCUCAACCUGAGAGCCCCAGCCAAUCAGACCUGACCCUGCGUCUGAGGCCAUGCCCACCCUACUGCUCACCAGCCUAUUGGCAGGAUUUGAGUCAUGCGACCAUCACUCUUAUUGAGACUGCAAGAGCCAACUUUCAUUUACGCCUUUUUCAAAACAAGUUCAAAAUAAUGUGCGGCAAAAGCCUCAGGUGUAAUCCACCAGAGCAACAGAAACCAGGAGAGCAGCGAGGAGGGUUAAACCAUUAAUGCUGGUCUAUGACCGGCCCAAAGUUUUGUUUUGAUUUUUGUUUUUCAUUCUCAGAGGACAAUCUUGUAAUGUAAGCAAUCCGGUAGCCAGAUCCAUCCACUUCCGUUUGCAUUCAGGCUCCCUUUUUUUUCCCUCACCUGGACUGUCUAGCUACACACUCUGUUCUGGGCCUCUGACAACCAAACGCAUGACUUGAAUUUGGUCAGGAGACCCUCAUGUAUACAUAUAUAAAUAUAAAGCGUGUAUAUAUAUGUAUAUGUAUUGGGUGAAAAUGAAACUAGAGGAUAUAUCGUAUCUAAUCGUAUCCAACAAAUGUAAAAAGCGCAUGUUCCAGCCACAAAGCCAUCAGAGGAAUGCUCUGAUCUUGCAGUUUUAAGUCAGCCCAGUAUCUUUUAUUUUGUUUUAUAUAAAGAAAAAGGACGGGCUAUUGGGGAAGGGCAGACCUUUUGAUCGACAGGUGAGACGUGCUGUCUCCAUCUCUGUGUUCUUGUAUGAUAUACACAUACACAGUUUAUAUAUUACUUUGCAUUAUGUAAAAUAAAUAUAUAUAAAUAUAUAUAUAGUUAUAUAUAGAUCUAUAUCUAGCAUCAUCGGUUCAGAAUCCAUCAGUGUGUCAGCACAAAAUGAUACAGUAUGUUUUCUCUGCUGGAGCUUUUCUAGUAAGCGUUGUUUGGCUUUUUUCUGCUAAAACUACAGCUCACCUUCUGUCCUGACAUCCUCCUGUUAUUCAUUGUCGUGUGCGCGUCAGUGUCAUAAAGUUCAGAUUCAUUGGUCACAGCAAAACAUGACGAAAAAGACAUCACAGAGACUGCGUUUGUGUUGUUUUAACCACUACUUUUGUUUCCUCUCAGUAUAUUUAAUGCAAAAUGUACUUUUUUCUUUCCCGAAAUGUCUUAAUACGCAAAGUAUAGCAGUAUAAGAAAACGACAGACAUGUAUAUACAGCACAGCACAUAUGCUCCUCACCAAAUUCUGGCUUUUUAAUUGUUUUAUUUUGUAUAAUUUGCAAGUGUGUGUGUGAGUGAAUGUGUACAAGCGUUUGUUCUGGCUGUGUACAUAAAUAUAUGCUGACCUGAGAACUGUUAAUGAGCAAAAACAAAGACGAGGGAUUAAACGAAAAACGGAUCAAAGAAGAAGAAAUCAAAGGAUAUAUAUGUAAAAACAUUAAAAAAAAAACAAAUCAGUUUGUUGGAUACUGUAGACAAGGAGCUUUCUCCAGCCAUAUAGUUCAAUCUUCUCUGUACAGUAGGUGCCAGCGAUAUUAUUGUAAUUAUGAACUAGUAAUGUAUAGUGUAUCUAUAGUUUGGAGUGCCUUUGCCACCAUACACUUCCUGUCCUUAGACUACACCUACUCAAGAUAAACCACGCCCCCUCCCUUCUCAUGCAGGUGCUGUUGAUUGGUCAAAUCUGUAUGACUGACAGCCAAUGCCAUUUCCUGUCUAUGUUUUUUUGAUUUGUGAUUCAACUGUUGGCACAAAGAUGUUUUUGUGAGUGUGUGUGUGGAGGAAGUGGAGAUGUCAUGUUCCUGUGGAGCCGCUCACAAUGCAUGUUUUUACACUUGUUCCACUACCAAAGUGAAGCAACUUCUGAGCGUGUUGUGACGUAACUGCGACAUCCCAGGGGCAAUAAUGAUUUCUUUGUGUGUGUUUGGCUGGAUGAGCAGCUGACAGUACGCAGUAGAGAUGUCACGUAGCACCCGCAGGACCCUCGUCCCCCGAACCCUCAAUGUAAAGCUUGCUUGUAACAUACGCGUUCAUAGAUGUGUUGCUUUCCACGAAUGGUGUGACCACUUUCUCGUGACUAAAGUUAGAGUAAAACUGUAAAGACACAAGGGGUAAAAAAAAAAACGAUUACCAAAAAUAAAAAGACAAAAAACAAAUGUGGGCUAAAUACAGACUAUCGCAUUACAUACACUUAUUGGGGGGAAAAAGUUGUCUUGGUUUAAAAUGAAAUAAAAAAUGGAAAAAAUACAACCUGUAUAACAUUAAUAUUACUUGAAUGCCUCUGUUUGUGACUGAAAUUUUUAUUUUAUUUUAAAUAUAUUCUUUUUUUUCUGUGAAGGUAUGCUAAAUGUCUCCUCUCCUUGUAAAUAUGUCCGUUUUGGUCCUUGGUGUGACUUGGAUUCAGAGACUAGUUACCUGGUACUGUAAUUUGCAUUAAAUAAAGAGUAGGAUAGCUUGGAAAUGA